AUGAACAAAUAAUUUACUUUCAUUCUUUUAUUAGCUAUUAUUUGUAUUGCUGUUGCUAGUCCUGCAGUUAGAGUUCUUUAAUCAGGAUAUAAUUGUGAUCCUAAUGUUGAAACAUGUCCUUGUGAUCCUACUACACAAGAUUGCUCUUGUUGGAACUGUAUUUUAGUUGAUAAUGACUUAAAAUGUUUCUACAUAUGUUGA